AUGGCGCAGGCGAUCUUCGAGGCGCUGGAAGGAAUGGACAAUCAGACUGUGCUGGCUGUGCAGUCCUUGCUGGAUGGUCAGGGAGGUGUGACAGACCCAUCUGCUCAGAAUGUCAACUCCUCCAGUGGCAUCCAGUCCAUGGAUGAUGAAGAUGUGUUCCUCUGUGGGAAGUGCAAGAAGCAGUUCAACUCCCUGCCUGCCUUCAUGAUCCACAAGAGAGAGCAGUGCCAGGGCAAUGCUCCUUCCCUCUCCACAGUCUCCCUGGCCACCAACAGUGUGUACAGCCCCUCCAUCACCACGGGGCAGCCGGCUCCCAGUGCCAGCCGCCAGCAAAUUUCUACAUACAUAGCUGUUCCCCCAUCCCCUCUGAUCCAGACCCUGGUGCAGGGGAACAUCUUGGUGAGUGAUGAGGUGCUGAUGUCAGCCAUGUCUGCUUUCACAUCCUUGGACCAGCCCAUGCCCACCGUGCAGCCCCCGGCGCAGAGCAGCCUGAGUAUGCACCCCGGGGCUGGUUACCUCUCCCAGCCGCCCCCACCACCGCCUCCCCCACCGCCACCCCCUCCUCAGCCUCCGCCACCUCCCCCGCCGAGCAUGGGGGGUCCCGGGCAGCCCAGCGCGGGGGGCGGUGGGGUGGUGGAAGUGUACAACGCUCCUGCUGCCAUGGCAGCCAGCGGUGCCGUGGAGAUCCAGACGCUGGGCAUGCAGCCCUACCCGCCCAUGGAGGUACCAAGCCAGUGCGUGGAAAGCCCUGUGUACCCUUCUCCUCCUGUCUACAGCCCUGGGAAGCAGGGCUUCAAGUCAGAGAGCACUGGCACUGCCACCCCUUUGAGCAGUGCUGGAGGGGGCACCGUGGUUGGCUUCGAUGCCACCUCCGCUGCCAAAAGCCGACGCUGCAAAAUGGAGAGCGGGCUGCAGGAAGGCAAACCCAAGUCCCCCAAGCUGAAAUGUACUUACUGUGAUAAGGCCUUCACCAAGAACUUUGACCUGCAGCAGCACAUCAGAAGUCACACAGGUGAGAAGCCCUUCCAGUGCAUCGUGUGUGGGCGAGCCUUUGCCCAGAAGUCCAACGUGAAGAAGCACAUGCAGACCCACAAAGUGUGGCCCCCAGGCCUGGGCUGCACCAUCUCCCGCAACUCCAUCACCCUGCAGGUCAUGGCCUUGAACCCCAACCAGCCAGAGGAUGAGGAGAGCACAGGUUUGCUGCCUGGGGAUGCCAUGAAUCCAGCACCACCACCCCAAGACUUGAGCCCCUUGGAAGAGAGUGAGGCAGGCAAACUGGAAACCAAGCAGGUGGUCUUGAUUGAUAGCUCUUACCAGUGCCAGUUCUGCCCCAGUAAAUUCAACACCUAUUUCCAGCUCAAAUCACACAUGACACAGCACAAGAACGAGCAGGUGUACAAAUGUGUGGUGAAGACCUGUGCUCAGACCUUCCAGAAGCUGGAGUCCUUCCUUGAGCACAUCAAGAGCCACCAGGAGGAGCUGAGCUAUCGCUGCCACCUCUGCAGCAAGGACUUCCCCUCCCUGUACGAGCUGGGUGUCCACCAGUACUCCCACAGCCUGCUGCCCCAGCACAGCCCCAAGAAGGACGUGGCCGUGUACAAGUGUGUCAAGUGUGUCAAUAAAUACUCCACCCCAGAGGCCCUGGAGCACCAUCUGCAGACAGCCACACACAACUUCCCCUGCCCUCACUGCCAGAAGGUGUUCCCCUGCGAGCGGUACCUGCGGCGCCACAUCCCCACGCACGGAGGGGGCAGCAAGUUCAAGUGCCAGAUCUGCAAGAAGUUCUUCCGCCGGGAGCACUACCUCAAGCUGCACGCCCACAUCCACUCGGGGGAGAAGCCCUUCAAGUGCUCGGUGUGUGAUGCAGCUUUCAACCGCAAGGACAAGCUGAAGCGCCACAUGCUGAUCCACGAGCCUUUCAAGAAAUACAAAUGCCCCUUCUCAAGCCACACAGGCUGCAAUAAGGAGUUCAACAGGCCUGACAAGCUGAAGGCUCACAUCCUGUCCCACUCGGGGAUGAAGAUCCACAAGUGCCAGUACUGCAACAAGUCCUUCAGCCGCCGUGCCCACAUGGUGGAGCACCAGCGCUCGCACACCGGCAACUACAAGUACCGCUGCCCCACCUGCGGCAAGGGCUUCACCCGCCACAAGUACCUGAAGGACCACAAGUGCCGGCUGGGCUCCCCCAAGGACAAGGACCUGCAGCUCAGGAAGCCCCAGAAGAAGCGUGUGGCGCGGGGGCGCAAGGCAGGCCUGGCCCUCCCCGGCCAGCUGGGGCUGGCUGAGCUCAAGGACAGUGCGGCCGGGGAGAGCCCCCCCGAAGGAGUCCCCAGCAAAGAGCCCUUCCAGGAGUCGGACGCGGUCCUGUCCAUCGUGGUAGGGGGGUCGGGAGCUGCCGACCCGGACCUCGGGCAGCCCAACAGCAUCGCCUCCAACCUGGGCCUGGCUGAGCUGCAGAGCCCCUCGGACGGCCCCUGCGCCAUGCUGGCCGUCCCUGUGUACAUCCAGACCACGGAGUGA